AUGGGUUGGCCCAGGGACUGCAGUGAGGUCUCUGCUGGCAGCCCCAGUGGCAUCUACAUCAUCCAGCCCACAGGACUGCACCCCACUGUGGUGUACUGCAAAAUGAAUGUGACGGACAGGGGCUGGGCGGUCAUCCAGAGGAACUGGCAGAGCACAGAGAUCACCUGGGCUGAGUGCUGGAGCACCUAUAAGUACGGCUUUGGGAACCUGCACACCAAGUACUGGCUGGGCACUGAGUACAUCCAUCAGAUCUCCAAGCAGAAGGUCUACCAGGUCAGGUUUGUCAUCUGGGAUGCUGCAAACAUCAGGUUUGCAGACUACAACCUCUUCAGCCUGGAAGAUGAGUCCCAUGGCUACUGGCUGAGGCUGGGAACGUACUGGGGGACAGCGGAGGAUGCCAUGGACUCAGACAAUCCCAGGAAUGUGCACAACAACAUGAAGUUCUCAAUAAAAGAUCGGGAUCAGGACACUUACAGAGGGAACUGUUCCUCCCACUCUGGUGGUGGGUGGUGGUACUCAGUGUGUUAUUCUGUACGGCUGAACAUCAAGGUAUAG